AUGUCGUAUCCGCAAUCUCACUCUGGGCAGCGUGAGCGCCGGGCAUUUGAUUAUUACUUUCACCGGGCAGGGCCUGCGCUUGCCGGGGCCUUAGAUCUCAACUUUUGGAGCGGAUCCGUUCUGCAGAUCUGUCGGCUUGAGCCUGCAGUGUGGGAUGCAGUAAUUUCACUGAGUGCGCUAUAUGAGAGGCCGCCUAUUUGCGACUCCAACCCAUUAUCCCUGCUCAAUAAUCCAGCUAAUGUGCGCCAUGGUUAUCACGAAGAAGCUUUGGUAUGGUAUUCACGCUCCCUUGCAGCUUUACAGCGGCGAAUCAAUAGAGGCGUUGCCGAUCUCACCAUAUCGAUGAUCAGCUGUGUGCUUUUUAUUGCUAUUGAAUUAUUGCAGGGCAAUAAAUCAGCCGCAGUCAUCUUAUAUACGAAUGGUGCGCGAUUAUUGGCCAGUACCACAUGCAUGGCCUCUGUCACAGGCUCUGAGCUGUUGAUGACUACUAUCAUCCCAAUUUUUCGAAGAUUGGGGACCCAUUUUUUGAUCACGACAGAUGGUAAAUUGUCCGACGCCGUGCCUCUGGACCAGAUAAUCCAGAGAGAACCAUGUGCCACCAUCAAUGAGGCGAGGAAUAGACUUCUGGGCUUGGUUGCGGAAUGGAAAAAUCUUAACACCAAUAUCAAGUCCCAAUUCACAGCCUUCAACGCCGAAAUCCAUGACCUCGCUGCACUUUUAGUGCGACAGGAAGUUCUAGAACAGCGCCUAAAUUCCUGGUACGCGUCUUUUAUGACAUUGAUAUCGACACGGCAUAUAAAUCUCUACCCAGAUGCAAACGAUAUUGACGGCUUUACUUCUCUUCUCCUCAUGACGUACAUCAGCAUCUUGAUCGAAACAAAAGCAUCUCUCAUUACCGAUGAAAUGACCUACGAUGCGUACGAAUACCAAUUCACCCAGAUCCUGGAAUAUGCCCCUAAAGCUAUCAAUGAAACCCGCAACUUGGAUGGCAGCCAGCCAUACUUCAUGUUCGAAAUGGGCGUUUUUCUCCCGCUCUUCAUCACAGCCCUAAAAAGUCGAUUCCCUCAUUUGCGUCGCCAGGCCCUGAGGUUUCUGCAGGAAGCCCCGCCAGUACAGGGUCUAUGCAUGUGUUUGCCUGUCGUCCAGAUCAUUGCUAUAAUUAUUUCCCUGGAGGAAUCUUCGUUCUCAAUCUCCCCCGAGUCCGGAACUGUUGAUGACUGGUUAGCUAGACCAGGGCGUAUUCCUGCUGCACAGGAUCGCAUCCGGACUUUCAAUGUCGCCUCCGAAGUAAAUCUUCAAGGCCGAAUGGAGAAUAAAUUGAGAUACUCGGUUUAUGCUUCUUGUUCCAGUGGAGAGAAUCUACUUGUGGAAAAGGAGGUGUUAUUACCGGGAUGA